AUGUCUGGUACACACCGAGAACCCUCCAUAACACACAUCUUUCUCUACCUCACUGGACUUCUCCAAUCGACUCCCAAAUUCCGUCGCAGCCGAAAACCGCACCCUAAUUUUCUCAUCAGUUUCACGAGCGUCUAUCCUCCGCACCCUGCAGGUUCGCAUGUGAAGCGGACCUCUCGAACUCUGAUAGUGAUCACGAUGCAAGAGGUUGUAGCUAAUUGGACCGACGAGGCUCUAUCGCGUUGCGUAUACGACUUCAUUCUCAAGGCCGGCGUCCAUUCAACCUUUACCUUGAGUGACGCCUCUGGCUUCUGCACUCAGAAACUCCUAGUAGAGAACCUAGGAUUAUGGCAAAGCAAUUCCACACUUUCUUCGAGCUCGGACAGAUGUACCAGUGUCAACCCGUCAUCAAACCCUUCUCACGGGGCCAUCACCGCCAACCAGCAGCCAUCCAACCACAACCUACUUGCUCGAAUGAUGGGGGGGCGAGUGAUGCGUAAUAGGUGGAGUCUUUGGAUCGAAGCGAUGGUCUUCCCAAAGUUCACUGCAAUGGUACUGUUAAUUUUCAUUUGGAUGGGCAUCUUCCUAUUCAUCAGAUACGUGAGGAUUGGUCGCGUCCGGUUCACGCAAAAGGAUCAAGAUACAGCGAAGUGGCUUCACAUGAUAAUUGAGGAUGAGGCUAGGGUGGCGCUGGACACUCGCAUGUUAGGACAGUUCUAUCGGGGCACACCACCGGACGAGGUCCUUGAGGGCAAUUUCGGGCUAUGA